UCCAAAGCAUUUUGCACAUGAUUCUAUAUUAUAUUGUGGGCCACAGUUUGAGUGAGCAACACAAUGUUUUAUGUAUAUAUGAUUGAGCAAGCAGGGCAUCCACAUCCCCAAAAUCACUGGCUAAACAAGUUGAGAGAAUCGUGAGCAGAGAGGUUCCCCUGAGCCAUGGAUGCUAGUGCUUGUAGCUGCAACAGCGGCUUCUCCAACAGUUAUAUGCUUCUGAAGCCGGAAGAGGUGAAGUUCUUUGAUCUGUUACGCCUUUUGUUUUCCAGCAACCUCAAGAAGAGAAAAUUCGUGGAUUCCACUUCCGCCAGAGAGCACAACUUCUGGCACAGAUUCUUCAUCUUUCUCUCUAUCAUCGUCCUGAAGCUCCUCCGAUUCUUUGCCAAACCACUCGCCUUGCUGGGCUUCUUCCUCGAGUCCUGGCUCAACUUUAUCUCCGCAAACGGUGGCUUUUCCGGCAUUCUCCUCAACAUCUUACGAUUCAAGUUGAUAAUACCGGACAGCUCAUCGGCGGAGUACUUGUCAAUCAUUGGUCACUUGGAUAGCAGAGUAAGAUUGGACGAAAAAAUAAAGGCAGGUGAUGUCAACUACUUUGGAGCUCUCUGCAUGAUGGCUUCUAAGCUGGUCUACGAGAAUGAAGCUUACGUUACACAAACUGUCAAUCAUGUCUGGAAGGUGCAAAAUUUCGUAUUGAAUGCAUGAUUUCUUGUUUUGUCUACCAUUGCCUGAUUUUUUUUUUUUUU